AUGACCUCUACUCCUAGUUACCCUCCCUCGAGAAGAAUGUCGAGCGCCACAACCUCUACAAGCUCGACUGGCAACGCCGCGGGUCACUCCGCCGUUUCGGAUAUUCGCAGAAGCACGUCAUCCCGUUCCGCCAACUCUCAGCUGGGUUAUGUAGCUCUAAUGCGGAGACAGAAGGCCACGGUGUGGUGUGAUCGAGCACAGCCGGAGGAUCCGCGCCUCCGAGCCCAGAAGCUUGCCGACAAGAAGAGAGCGUACCUCGAAGUCCAUGGCGCAGGCGCUGGUGGACGGGCAAGUACCCUUGGAAGCGGUAAAAUUAAACACUCCAAAGGAGGUACUGAUUUCUCGCCCUCGAACCUCGUGUCGGCUACUGUUCCCGUACGGCUCAGUGCCAAUGAAGUGGGUGAUGCGGAUGAGGAUGCACACAGUGAUCAUGGGUUUCCUCAUCGUCGCACUGGCAGUGGUCGCAGCUCUCUGGGAAGCAACCAUCGUUAUCCCAGUGGCUACCAGCGGACACCCCAGGGCACUAUGGGAAGUAACAGCACUCCCCCAAGUGAGAAGACGGAUUUGCCAAAUGUCACGGAGCAUCCGCCGGCGGAGAGCACGGAGGAAAAGAAAGUCAACGAUGACGCCGCUACCACCUACAGCUUCGAGGCUGCAGAUGAGGACAAUUUUGGGAGCGUAGGGGAGAUGGCUGCCCCGAGUGCAGCUACCACGGCGGCCGAAAAGGCGAGAAGGGCGGACGAACUAAGACGGCGGGGUAGUGUGGACGACCGAACGAGCACGAUGACCAAUGUCCGACUCUUUGUUGCGAAUCCAGACCUCAGUGAUUAG